UACAAAACGAACCCCAACCACUAUAAAUCCUCAAACAUCUUUCCCAAUAUCUUUCUCUCUUGCUCAACCCUCAACUCUCAAUUCUCAACUCUCACUUUCUCCUCUCUCUUCUCCAACUUGCAAUCAACAACUAACACCACAACUCUCCUAAGUUUCUAUUUCUCUAUUUUUCAUCUUCAAGAUCAUUUCCAUGGCUUCCUCUGUUAUAAGUUCUCCAAGUGUUAUCUUAACAACCGCCAUGGCUGUUUCUGGAGCUUUUAUCUUCCUUUCCCUUUGUCGUAUCAAAAAUUUACCAAUUACCCAUCAUAAUUCUCACUCUCCUAUACGUUCUUGUUUAUCUUCUGAUGAUAAAAGAAGAGAAAAGAAAAAGAAAAAGGUUAAAUUUGCUGAUAAUGUUAAGGAUCAAAAGAAUGAAUUUACUACAAUGAUUAGUAAAAAGAAGAAGAAGAAAAUUCAGAUUUAUGAAGGUGAAAAAUUAAACCCAGAAUUUCAUCAAAUGCCUGCAAAUCGUGCUGCACUUUAUCAUGGAAUAUUGAGAGAUAGAGUUCAUCGAAUUGAAUGUUCUUAUUAAUUAAUCAUCUUUAAUUUUCUUUUUUUUCCUAAUUUUUUUUUUUUUUUUACAUUUUUAGCUUAACAAGUUUUAGUCUCAUAGGCGGCAGCCUCCUAUUAGAAAGGUAUGGUCUAUUGUCUUCCCUGAUCAAAGUUGUACGAGCAGAAUAUAUCGAUGAGGAGUUUGACAAGUUUUAGAUUUCGUUAUUAGAUUUGUCUUUUUUUCUAAGAAAUGUUUGUGGAGUACAUACAAAAGAAUUAGCAAUCAAUUGAAAGAAAUUUGUAAAUUGUUAAUUUGGACUAUUAAUUGAAUAGAAAAAUAUUACAUCUUUCAA